AUGGGCACGGCUAUUUCGAAUCGUCCAAUGAAUCGACUAAAACCUGCCGUCUCUGACUCGUCCUCGUCUUCGCGCAGUAACAGGCUGGCAGAAAACAGAGAGAUUGUGGUUCGGGACAAAAAUGGAGGCUAUAAGCUGGAUAUGCCCACCUUGCCGGGCAAUGCCCUGGUAAACGAGGAGGGAGAGGAACUGAACGAGAAUGAGACAGAAGAGACCGAAUUGGGCUUUGAAUCAUCUGAGUCUGAAACGAAGAAAGAAAAAUUCGAGGCUGCCCUGGUCGAUAUGAUGAUCCGCCAUCGGAAUCGACAGUCAAGUGGUGAGCCGGAUGAAAUUUUGGAUAUUGUCCACCAAAGCCUUCUCAAGAAGGCCAAUUCGCUAAAUGACGACAACUGGAUGUUUGAGGUAGAAAGGGAAGUGCGGAUGUGA